AUCUCCAAGGCGGGGGGAACCAGCUGGACGGCGGCAGCACGCGCCAACUCCUGCUCGGUCCCACCCACUCGGGGCGCGCACCUGCCGCACUCCGACGACGAGUGCCGCUGGGUGCGCGCGCGGCUGCUGGCGGGGCUGCUGCGGGGGGCGGGGGGGCACUGGGAGGCGCAGCGGGUGGAGGCGGCGCCGGUGUGUCCUCGGUACGGUAUCGUGGAGCGCCGUACACUCAUGCGGGAUUGCAUCCAGCGCCUGGAUGCCGUACACAGCCGCGGCCACCACUACAUAUCCAAUGAGUACACGCUGCAUGGGGGCGAGGGCAGCAUGUACGACACACACCUCUGCCCGCAGUUUGUUAAUGUCAUCAGCAUCAGGGAGCCCCUGGCCCGCCUGGUCAGCAACAUCAAGUACAUCAUGCUGCACCUCAAGCACUCGCUCUUCCACACGUCGCCGGCCACGUCGCCAGCCCUGGAGCGCGCCUUCAACCGAACCUUUUGUAACGCCCCGGCAAAGAUAUGGGAGCUGCUGGCCCCACCGGUGGUUGAUAAUUACAAUGUUCGCUCCAUGCUGGGCGAAUCCGCCUUCCACUCGCCCCUCUGGACGGGUCUG